AAUAAAACUGAUAAGAGAGCAAAAACUUCACAAUCACAUGACACCAACAAACUAGAAAGGAGAAGAAACAAAGCCACAAAUUAGCACAUUACAUACACAUUACACAUUACAGCGAACCGUUUUCUGAUCUUCAAUUUCAUUUGCAUGUGAAUUUUGCAGCAUUUGAUUUCCUUUCGCGUUGCAUUUCGCGAGUAGUCAUCGAAACAUAGCAACUGAGGUGGGCGGCAAUCGGCGAUGAGCACCGGCAGCAGCAGAUCGUCCGCCACGGCGGCGAAGGAGAAGGCUCGGGUGAGUCGGACGUCUCUCAUUCUGUGGCACUCGCACCAAAACGAUGCCGCGUCUGUGCGGAAGCUUCUUGAGGAGGAUCCAUCGCUGGUGAAGGCAAGGGAUUACGACAGCCGCACGCCGCUGCAUGUGGCUUCGCUCCACGGCUGGGUCGAGGUUGCUAACUGCUUGCUCGAAUUCGGUGCUGACGUCAAUGCUUUGGAUCGUUGGAAAAACACUCCUUUGGCUGAUGCAGAAGGAGCUAAAAAAAUGCCGAUAAUCGACCUUUUGAAGUCAAAUGGAGGCUUGUCUUAUGGCCAAAAUGGAAGUCAUUCUGAAAAGGGCCAAAAUGUUCUUCCCCCAUUGCCUAACAAAUGUGACUGGGAAGUUGACCCAUCUGAGCUGGACUUCUCUCAUUCAGUUUGCAUUGGAAAGGGAUCUUUUGGCGAGAUCGUAAAAGCCCAUUGGCGUGGAACGCCUGUUGCCGUCAAACGUAUUCUUCCAUCUCUGUCAGAUGAUAGAUUGGUGAUUCAGGACUUCAGGCACGAGGUUAAUUUACUUGUGAAACUUCGACACCCUAAUGUUGUUCAAUUUCUUGGAGCUGUUACAGACAAGAAGCCUCUUAUGUUAAUUACUGAGUAUCUAAGAGGAGGUGAUCUUCAUAAGUACCUCAAGGACAAAAGUUCUCUUAGUCCAUCAGCAGCUAUCAACUUUGGCUUGGAUAUUGCUAGAGGGAUGGCCUAUCUUCACAAUGAACCAAAUGUUAUCAUCCAUCGAGACCUAAAGCCAAGGAAUGUUCUUUUAGUCAAUACUAGUGCCGACCAUUUAAAAGUUGGUGAUUUUGGACUUAGUAAGCUUAUUAAGGUCCAAAGUUCUCAUGAUGUAUACAAGAUGACGGGUGAAACUGGAAGCUACCGCUACAUGGCUCCUGAAGUUUUCAAACACCGGAGAUAUGAUAAGAAGGUUGACGUGUUCUCCUUUGCAAUGAUUCUGUAUGAGAUGCUUGAAGGUGAACCGCCUUUUUCAAAUUAUGAACCAUAUGAUGGAGCCAAAUAUGUGGCAGAAGGACACAGGCCUUCAUUUCGAUCAAAGAGUUAUACCUCUGACCUGCGAGAUUUAACAGAGGAGUGCUGGUCUUCUGAGAUAAGUCAAAGACCUUCGUUCAUAGAUAUCCUUAAACGGCUUGAAAAGAUCAAGGAAAAUUUGCCUUCAGAUCAUCACUGGAGAGUGUUCGCUUCAUGAAUUAUAAGAGCAUUCCUGUCCAGAUAUUCAGGUGAUUAUCUGCUGUUACCAUUCCAAUGCUGCUGCGAGGUUGUCAAAGAAGCCAAUUUGGAAUACCUAGCUGGGGUCAUACAAGGUGUUUUGAACUUAAGUCUCAGAUGAGCGUAACUGGUUGAUGCUGAUUCUUUUAACAGGUUUUUACAUUCAAUUACUUUUUUGUCUCAUUAAAAUUCUUGGCUGAGUUCCAUUCAGCUAUUGUUGUGAGCAGGUAAUAGUGGUUGUUUCGAGUGUAAUAUGUUGUGUACAAAACCCUUUUAAGGAAAAAUAUAACAAUUCUAACUAAUGUUUAAAUUUUAUCUUAUGUUCGAAAACUUUUGGUAGUUUUCAUUUCUUGAACAUUGUUUGACCAGUUCAUGUGUUAAAUUCUAUCAACUACUAUCAGAUUUCCUUCCCAAUUUUUAGGUUGUUCUUGUAUUGGUUGUGAAGGUUUAGUUAGGAAUUGUCCUCCUAUGUCAGCAAAUAUUGGACCUGUCCGAACCUAUUCUGUCAGCUUGAUCCCCUAUGAGAAGAGGUGAUCCAUUAAAUAUUUUAGGUGCAGGAAGAAACUCCCUUCAAGGUGAUGAUCUCUAAGGAGAGAGACAAAGUGGCAGGCUGCUCAAUCCAAUUUUAUCUGUAUGUGAACAUGGUGAUAUCACCUACGCCUAAAUUAUCCUAGAUUAGUUACUCCAUCAUUCGGUGUGACAUUUAUGUUUAUAGAGCGUUGAGGUGAUUCUUGGCAUUUGUAGCCAAAUUAUUGACUAACUUUACAGCAUUUUGAGAUCCAGAUGCUACCAAAUGAUUAUGUUUUAAGAUGUGAGAGUAUUGUUAGCUGGAUUAUUUGGC